GGGAACGGUACAGAUUUGUCAAAUAGUCCGUGCAUGGCAUGGUUGACAGGAUAGCUAACAACUCGUUUGGAGAACCAGGGUGGACGUUUUUAUCAGCCUGAAACAGAAGUUAAAGUGCCAGAAUAAGGAGUAACUCCGAGUCCUGUGACCGUUUGACCGGCUGUCCUCACUUCGCGAGAGCCGAUUUUCACAUUUGUCAUUGCUCGGUUUGCUAACUACUUACCGUUGCUCUUUGAAAAUGGCGGAUGUACCAACGGAGAAGAGCCUGGACGAUUUCUUUGCCAAGCGGGAUAAAAAGAAGAAGAAAGAGAAAGGAAAGGGCAAGGAGUCCACCGCGGGGCCCACGUCGGCUGCGGUGAAAAAGACCAAGAGGGAGAAGGAGAAAUCGGCGAAAAACGAGAAUCAGGACGCACAGAUUGAGAAGGAGGACGAGGAAUGGAAAGAGUUUGAGCAGAAAGAAGUGGACUACAGCGGGCUUCGGCUCCAAGCUUUACAAAUAAGUGACGAGAAGGAGGAGGAGGAGUAUGAGAAGGAGGAGGUUGGUGAGGACGGAGAGAUCAUUCUGGUCAGUGGAGACAAAGUGUCGGGGCCCUGGAACAAAUCUGGAGCUGCUCCUCCUGCUGCGCCUGUUGAGGAUGAAGAGGUGCCUGAGGCAAAGCCUGCUGGUGUCUAUCGCCCUCCAGGGGCUCGGCUGUCCACCACCAAACGAGGUCACAACCAGGGUCCUCCUGAGAUCUUCAGUGACGCACAGUUCCCAUCUCUACUGGCCACCGCCAAGCAUGUGGAGACACGCAAGGACAGAGAAAUGGAGAAGACAUUUGAGGUUGUCAAACACAGGAACCGUGGUAGAGAGGAGACCAGUGGGGCUUCUUUGCAGCACUUGCAGCUUGACAACCAGUACGCCAUCCUGGGAGAUAAAUAGAGCCGCUCCCCUCCGUCCCCUGGCUCCUCCAGCACGGUCCUGCCCAGCCCCUUGAAGGAAGCUGUACCUCCAGCUGUGUGGACUGCAGUUCUGACAGAGCUCACGCUGCCACCAUCACCACACUGGUUACUCACACAAACACACAGCCUUGUAUAUACACACACAGACACACACACACUCAUUCAUACACAGCACUGCCACUGCAGCACAUACACGUUCAGUGACACUCCCUCUAAAAAGAUCAGUAACACACUAUACAUUCAUUUGGUUGGCAUACCUGAAGGACUGCAUCUGAAGGGGCUGUUGAAAGAGGGAAUAAUUGAAAAGGAAUUAGCAAAAUACACCCAAACGUACAACACUGCAGCAGCAACAAGAGACAACGUAGUUGUCCUUUGUGAAUUGUACUCAGAGCAGCAGUUGUGUGGUGGCAACUUCUCUCUGGACUUCAACUUGCUUCAAUAAAGCCACAGAGGAUUGAAGACUUUAGGCAAGAUGAUUUUACAAACUUCUGUGAAAAAUAUCUAUUUUUUUGCAAGAUUGCUAUAAACCAAUCGCACAUUGUUAUUUUGGGGUGUGUUUUUGAGUUGCGGUUGGGGCUUUGGGGGUGGGGAAACUACCUCGGCAGCACAGCUGGUGGUGACCAUGUGGACUGAGCUUUUUUCCGCUGUGGUGGUGAACGGGGCAAACACCAACCCCCCUCCCCUCUCCCCCCCCACCUACAUACAAGCUGGCCAUCAGGCUCUUUUGAUUUAGAAACUUGAAGCUUUGUUUUUUGUCCUUCAUGAUGAUGAUGAUGACACUGCAAAGAUCUAUGGACAAGAAGCGAUAGGUUGUGGUCCUCAUUUAGAAUUUCUAUAUAAAGUGGCCUUACUGAUGGAGAGAAACUGCUUUGUCAUCCGAAGAGAACUUUGCUUGUUGUCUCACGGGCUGUUGCCUGCCUCUGGAUCUCACCACUUUGUGGGAAAAAAACAAACAAAAAAAAAACAUACAAAAGACAAAAAAUCCUUUGGUUCAAGAAUGUAGUGCUG